AUGGAACCGGUAAAAGCAUCACCAGAAGCCGGAACUCAUCCAAUUGUAACCAAGAAGUAUAAAAAAGUCAAGAAAAUCAUCCAUCGCGAUGGAAGAGAAGAAAUUGUUAUUCCUUCUAAAAAAUCAGCGCAACAAAACAAUGAAAAUAUCUCCAAAGAUACUUCAUCUGAUCAUAAAAAUGCACCAAAUCAAAAUAAACUAGACGAGAAGCAAGAAAAUAAUAAAUCUAAUUCUUCACAUAGUUAUUCUUCAGAUUCAGAGUCAAACAGCAGUUCUUCUCAUCAUAAAAAUACUAAUUCGAACAAAGAAAUCGAAAGUAAAGAACAUAAAAGUGGAAACGAACAAAUUCAAACAGAAAACAACAAUAAACCGAAUAAAAUGAAGAAAGAUACAGAAGAACAGCGCAUUUCUCUCAAAGAACUAUCAGGUAGAUUCAAUAGAAAUUUAAAUUCAAUUGAAAUCGAAAGUUCUACUCAUUCAGCAUCGAAUUCACACGAAGAGAAGAAAGAAGAUACAUCAGAAUCAAGUGAAGAUACAGACUUAUACAAUGAAGAAGAAGAGGAGGAAGAAGAAGAUAUUUCAUCAGAAAAAUCAGAGUCUUCUUCUGAACAUGUUAAGGAGGAACAGAAGGAGAAAGUCGAAGAAAUUAAAGAUGCAGUGAAAGAAAUUGUCAAAAUUGAACAGAAGCAAGAAUCAAAUAAAGUUGAAGAAAAAACUAAGAGCGAAAGCAGUGAAUACGAAGAGGAAGAUUUCGAAGAAGAAGAGGAGGACGAGGAGGAAGAAGAUUAUUCAGAGCCAGCAACAAUACAAACAACAAAAAGCGAAUCACAAGAUGAAAGUCAAGAACACGUAAUUUCACAGACUCCCGAUGCAUUAAAAGCACUUAUUCCAUCACCAAUGCCACAAAGAGAUAGCAAUACAAUCUCAAAUACAUUUUCUGGCGAUGAAAUUAUGAAAGAUUUCCUCAAAGCAGAAAGUUCAUCAGAAUCAGACAACAAAAAGCCAAAAGAAGUCAAGAAAGAAGAACCAAAACAACAAAUUCAAAAAGAAAAACCAGCUAAAAAACAAAUUUCAGAUGAAUCUUCAAGUUCAAGUGAAAGUUCUGAUGAUGAACAUGAGAAAUCUAAAGAAUACACACCGAUACUACCUAAAUCAGUGAAGAAGAGAAGUCUCAGAGGCAAAGAUUAUCCAACACCUCCAACAACAAUUUCAACAGAAACAUAUUCGCCAGAAAAAACAAAACAAGAAGAACAGAAACCAAUCGAAAACUCUCCACUUCCUAAAGAACCUCGAAAGAGAGUCGAAAUCAUCGAAGCUCCUCAGUCUUCUUCAUCAUCUUCAUCGGAAGAAGAAGACGAUGGAUACGUCAAACCAUCAGUUGGAGCAUUCGGAGUUAUUGCUAAAAGAAAGAGACCAAUCAGGAAUCCAGACAGAAUCCAGCUUCCCGCAAUGGUUACAGUCGAAGAUAACAAUGAAACAACAAGCACAUUCGAUAAAACAAACGAAGAAGAAGAAGAAACAAAAGAAGUCGAAAAGAAAGAAGAAAAAACUGAAGAAAAAGUUGUUGAAAAAACAGAAACAAAUUCAGAAGAUUUUGAAGAAGAGGACGAGGAAGAAGAAGAUGAGGAGGAAGAGGAAGCAAGUAUAUUAAGUAGUGCUAACGCAGAAUCAUCAAGUAAUGCAGAAGAAGAAGUUAAAAAGAGAGAAAUUUCAAAUUCAUCAUCUUCUUCAUCAGAUUCAGAAAAAAGUAACAAAAAAGAAAAAGAACCAAAACAAACUCCUGUUGAAAAAGUUAUCAGAUACGUCAGUCAGAUACAAGAGAGUAGUGAUGAAAAUGAUGAUGAAUAUGAAUAUUAUGAUUAUGAUGAAGAAGAAGAGGAAGAAGAUUAUGAUGAAGAAGAAGAGGAAGAAGAUUAUGAUGAAGAAGAAAGCGAAGACAUCACACAAAAGAAAUUACAUUUCAUCGAAGUCACAUCAUCAUCAACAAUCGACAACAAAGAAGAAGACAACAACAAGAAGCAAUUUAUUGAACAAGAGAGUUCCACAAUUGAUACAACAAUGACAACAGAUGAAUCUAGUGAAAAUUCAGAUGCUAAAAUACGAAUUUUCAUUUACAAAGGUAAAAAGAUUCCACUUGAGAAAUCAAUUGAGAGACAAAAGAGAAGAAGGAUGAGGAAAGAAAGAAUGAAACAAAGAGACAUCACAAUAACACAAGACUCUUCAGCAACAGAAACAUCAGAAUCUAAUAACAACGUUGAUUUGUCAUCAAUUAAAAUCAAAGAAAAUGUUACAAGUUCAGAUUCAAAUGAUGACAAAGGUUCUGUUUUGUUAUUCAAAUCAAGACCUUCUAUCAACAAGGAACCAGACCAGAAACAGUUAAAUACAAGAGUAUUAAUCCAAGAGCCAACAGAUGACAAAGCAAGUAUCACAAGAUCAUCAAGAAGAGGACGAGGUUCUAAUGCAGGAAUUUCACCACAAAAUUCUAAAUCAAGUUUCGCUCCUUUGAAGCUUGGACGUGGAGACGACGAUCAAGAUGAGAUGUCACAAGAAGAUAAAGACAGAUUGAAAGCGAUCCAAGAUAAAAUUAGACGUGAAUUGGCUAUAGAACAAGAGAUAGAAACACAGAAAUACAGACAAGAAAAGUUGGCAAACACUCCAUUAGGAAUCAACGUUUUCCCAGUUAGAACACAAAAAGAAGAACAGAAACGAGUUUCAUUCUUGGUUAUUGACAAUGAACAGACUGAAAAGAAAGAAACCGAACGUAAAGAAGAAAACAAAAAUGAAGAGAAACAACAGAAGAGGAGAAGGAGGAAGAAAGAAAAACCAGAGGAACAAAAACCAAAAGAAGAAGAAAAACCGCAUGAAAAAACUAAAAUCUGGAGAGAUGACAUAAAAGAAGAUAUUGAAUACAUAAUUUCACCAAAGAAACACAUUGAAGUCGAAGAAAACCAUGAAGAAAAACAUAAAGAAGAGAAAAUUGAAGAAAAACCAAAACCAGAAAAAGUUGAAGAAAAAACAAUAGAAGAAAAAAUCGAAAUUGAAGUUAAGACUCCUCAUAAACACAGACCACAAAGAGGACAACCACAGACACAAACAGAAGAUAAGACACAGGAAACUGUGGAAGAAAAACAGAAAAUAGAAGAAAAGUUUGAAGAAAAACCAAAAGUUGAAGAAGUCAAAGAAAAUAAAGUUGACGAGAAGCCGAAAGAAGAACGACACCGAAUUAAACUUAGGAUCAAGAAACAUAAAGGUGAUUCUCAUAAUAAACAAGAAGUUAAGCUUCCUAAAGUUCCUGAACACAUCAAAAAGUCAUCUUCAUCAAGUUCUAUUAGUAGCCAUGACUUCCCUGAACCUCUCAGAAGUCAACACAAAGCUAAGAAAUCUUCGAAGCAAAAAGAUAAUUUCUCAAAUGUUGGAUUCAACAAAUCAAGUUCAUCUGACGAAUCAAUCUAA